UGCGGGGGUCUGUCCUGGCAUGAAAGUUCAUCCUAAUGACUAUUCCUUCAAGAGACAUACCCUCCGUUUCGGCUGAGCUGGAGAUCACAAAUACUUGCAAUUGUGGCGGGAGAUCGCAUUUUUGGCGAUAGACUAGCUGUUGUGCGUUGAUUAACCUGGUGACAGGUCAGGAAAUUGUAGCGUGGAUUGAGACUCAAAUAGUAGAGGUAAGUAUCUGCGUUCCCUCCUUGUCUUGCCGGUCUGUGACUUUUUCUGUGCUCCUCGAUGGUCAGCACCAUUCAAUCACUAUGUUUCAAGAUCUGGCUCUCGUUCUUUUGCUAUUCCUCCCAGCUGUCUCUGCCCAAGGAGCACUUUACGCACAAUGCGGAGGUAUUGGCUGGGUAGGAGCAACAAGUUGCGUUUCCAGAACAUGCUGUACUACGUACAAUGAAUAUUAUUCUCAAUGUCUCCCAUGUGCUGGAGGCGGCAGUGGCAUCACGACCACAACAAAGGCGAUGGUCACGACGACACUGGUCACCUCGAAAGCCGCAGCCACAAGUGCUCGUGUCUGCGCUCUCCCCACUACCUACAAGUGGACAUCAACCAGCGCACUAGCUCAACCCAAGUUCUCGACCACUUUCUACAACGGCCAAAACCUCGUUUACGCCACGACCCACGACACAGGGAUCUCCUACGGCUCUACGGUAUUUGGUCUCUUCAACGACUGGUCCGACAUGGCUUCGGCGAGCCAAAAUACCAUGAGCUCCAGUGCGGUUGCACCAACAGUAUUUUACUUCGCGCCUAAGAGUAUCUGGAUCCUGGCAUACCAAUGGGGACCCACAACAUUCUCAUACAGAACCUCAACCGACCCAUCUAACGCAAACGGGUGGGCAGCAGCACAACCGCUUCUCUCCGGGAAGAUUGAUGGAUCCUCUACGGGAGCAAUCGACCAAACAGUCAUCGGCGACAGCACAAACAUGUACCUCUUCUUCGCAGGUGACAACGGAAAGAUUCACCGCGCCAGCAUGCCCAUUGGAAACUUCCCUGGCAACUUCGGUACCGCAUCAACCGUCGUCAUGAGCGACACCACCAAUAACCUUUUCGAAGCCGUGCAAGUCUACAUCCUGAAAGGACGGAAAAAGUACCUCAUGAUCGUCGAAGCUAUUGGUACCAAUGGUCACUACUUCCGCUCUUUCACUGCGACUUCCCUCAGCGGUUCGUGGACUGCGAAUGCGGCGACGGAGGCGUAUCCCUUUGCUGGGAAAGCAAACAGUGGUGCGACAUGGACGAACGAUAUCUCGCAGGGUGAUUUGAUUCGUACGAAUAAUGACCAGACGUUCGCCGUGGAUGUGUGUAACUUGCAGUUCUUGUAUCAAGGACGUGCGCCGGGAAGCGAGACUUAUGAUAAACUUCCUUACCGUCCUGGUGUCUUGACUCUGCAGUUGUAA